CAAACACAAGGAGGACCAAAAUGUUGGCCACUGUGCUGGCCCCUUUGGCAACUCCAGACAUUGUAACUCCCUUGGCCACAAUCUCAACUCUUAACACGAUGACAACUCAAACACCUGCAACUACAAAAGCAGCUGUGGGAGCCAGUAAGAGAACUUUUGUGACAACAACAAUGACUAGUAGACCCAACAUGACAGUGUCAACCAUGAAUCCUCAGUCUGUAUCAGAAUCCAGCCAUAGCAUCGAAACUGCUGUUGGUGUAGUAGUGGGUAUUAUCAUCAUAGUAGUUGCCAUGUAUUUGAUGUAUCAUCAGAGACAUAGAAAACCUGCAAGCCCUAGAUGUUCUUCUGAUGUUGAGCUUGGAACAUGCACUAUCAUGGAGAAUAUGAGGAGUGACAAAACAAAGGAAGAUGUGCCACUACCGUUCGAAAAGAUUGACCCCCAGGUUUUUCAACAAACAUCAGAAGAAUUUUUGAUGGAGAAUCCAAAGAUUAAUCCGCUAGUCAGUACCUUGUCCUUAGAUGUUGAUGAAAAAGGUGGUUAUCAGCGUGGAAACAUAUUUGUUCCCCCCAAUUCUGUAAACAGAUUGACAAACCUUGUACUAAAGACCUACAUUGAUGAUGCUCUAUUGCCACCAGUGGCUGACAAUGAGUUUAUGUUUAGUCCUGUUCUCUCACUUGAACCACACGGGCUAACAUUUCAACAACCCGUGAAGGUUUUGUUUCCAUUCACAGCCGUUCCUAAGAAUUGGCUGAUGAAGCUCAAGAGGGCAAAUUGUGAUGUGUAUACUUCAUGUGACUGGGAGACAAUUGUAGAGUAUAACACGGAUACUGGCGAAGUAACACACUACACAGAUGAUUGUGUGUAUGAUCCUAAUCAGCAAACACUGAGUCUUAAUCACUUUUGUCAAUACUGUUGGUUUGGUACACCAAUAGUCAACUCCAUUAGGGGGUAGAAGCAGAUUCUCUGCUCGGUUUUUGGAUACCAGCCAAACAGCAAACAGAAAAGAUACAUUUUGAAUGUUUUUCUUCACGAUCACUGUUUGGAUAUUUUUAAGGAAAUCAAGCAAAUUGAAUUUACCAAAACACCCAAACAUAUAUUUCUUGAUGGACCAAACGCUCUUGACAUCAAUCGACAUGGUAAUAUUUGUGUUGCAAUUGAAGGCAAUUCAUGGAAAAUGAAGAAAGAAAGUGAGGUAAGGAAACUAUUAUAAACAUCAUUUUUUGAUCAUCCCUAAU